AUCGAUUACAAUCUUUCAGAUGACAGACGUUGUUGCUCAUUGUCUGACAGACCGUCAGAUGUUGUUAGCUAUAAACAAUGUUGAACGGAUAUUCAUCGGCACUAUUGUCCCAGUGUUGAUCAUUUUUGGUAUUAGCGGCAAUAUUCUGAACUUGACUGUACUACUAACUCCUACGAUGAGAACGAGAUCGAACGUACUGCUAUCAUGUCUGGCCGUUGCUGACAUCGUCUUCCUUGUAUUCAUGAUUCCACAUGCAUUAGCUCACUACAGAUUUUUUUCAUUCAAUUAUUGGUUUCGGCGAUUAUACCUCGGGUACAAGAUGCAGAUUUUGUACAUUUCGAAUUGGGCAUCAGCAGCUGCUAUUUGGCUUAUUCUGGUGAUUUGCUUGGAGCGCUUAAUGGGCAUCAUGUACCCACUCUCAGCAAGAAGACAUAAGAAGUCCACAAGAACGGCUGUCAUUGUCACCAUUAUCGUUGUCACUACUGGAUUGCUCACUUCUUACAAUCACUUCAGCUAUUUUUGCGCUACUAAGCACUUCUGCAACGGCACGCAAUUUCACGCAAUGUGUAAACGAGGUGACGCAGAAAUGUACGUUGAGCGAUGGUUCCGCAAUCAAACGAACCCAAAUUCGGAUUUUGUUAAAGCGAUUGCUCAUUAUGGUGCACAUGUCAAUGCUGUCUGCGUUGUUGUGAUUCCCAUCCUCCUAGUUGCUAUCUCAAAUGCCAUGCUUAUCUAUACGAUUAGGCAAAGGCAAAAGCAGUUUACCAUGCAAAGUUCGAUUAAAUCCGAUUCGCAGCUAUCAGGAUCACAGUCAAAAACGGAACACAAGGUGACAAUAACAGUCUGCGCCAUCGUUACAUGCUUCACAAUAACUCAAGGCCCUUCCGCUUUCACCACCGUGUUAGCAGAGUACUACCCCACUCAGCAUCAAUCCAUUAUAGCAGUGACUGCUGUUGUCACGACCAUGGUAGUACUCGGAAAAGCGCUCAACUUCGUCUUGUUCUGCCUUUCGUCUGCUAAUUUCCGCGCAAGACUGUUACAGCAGACACGCCAAGGAUUGCUGAAGAAGGCCUCAAGGAGAAUGUCUACAGCAACGCGUUCGACAACACUCGAAAGCGUUUCCAUCAAGCUUCUUCCUAAGUCCACCCGAGUUUUCAAGGGUCGCAGUGCCAGUCAAAGUAUGAACGAACGAGUGGCCAUGCGAGAGUUCAAAAGAGGAAGAAGCGUUGUCUAAAUGUAAUCAAGGAAGUUUGUGCGGAACUUUUUAGCAGUUAAGCUUCUGGUUCAUAUUUUCAAGUGGAGAUAUUGCGGUUACGAUCUUCAACUGCUAUAAAUAGAAAGUUUGAGUUCAACUACAUCCUUUCUAUAUGGUCAAAUUUACUUCGCUG